AUGACCAAUCAACUAUCCUAAUCAGAUUCAGUCUACGUUAUAGGAAAUGAUUUCCAAAAAGAAGAAUAGGAGUUUGUUGCUUUAUUAGAAGAUUAUAUUAAGUUCAUAAGAUAAUCUAAUUGUUUAUUUGAUGAAAAAUUAGAACUGAACGAAUAAGCACAGCAAAUUUAAUAAAUUUUACUUAGCUAAAAAUGCUAAGAUGUAUAAUUAGUUAAGGUAUACUAUGAUAAAGGCAUUCAAAUAAUAAACAUUUACUUUUUUAGAAUCGUUUAUGGAGGAAAAAUGUACAUCAUUAAAGUACAUAAAAAUGAUGUUUUGAUUAGCCAUGAUGAAAUGAAAGGAAUAAAAAAUCUUAAAGAGAUAGAAAUAGGAUUAAAAAUAAUAAAAAACAUUUCAGCGCAUGAAUUGAUUAAUGCAUUGUAAACAUAAUCUAGUGAUAGUGAAAUGUUUUCUUUUAUUCUAUAUGAGACACUCAGUGAUAUGUGGUUGAAUUUAGAUAGAGCUGCAGAAUUAAAAUAAAUAAUCUAAUAAUAUUGCUAAUAAGUAAUACCUAUAGGUAUAAAUAAUAAUAACAAUAAUAUUUCUAGAGGAGAAAACAGCUACUUUUUUAGUAUUAAAUAUGAAGAUAGGUUUUAUAUCCUUAAGGCUGUUUAGAAAUCACACUCUGAUGCUAAUGACUAUUUAUAAAUACAGUAUAAUCUAUUAAAACAAUAAAUUUAAAAAUAAGGUAAUAACAAGGAUCUUCAUUCAUAAAUUCUAUAAAUAAUUGAUAAUCAUCCACUUUAUAAGGAUUUAAUAUAACACAAAGAUUACUAGUUUGUCAUUUUUGAAUACUUUAUCUGCAAUAUCUCAGAUUUGCUUAUUUAUCAAAAUGACAUUUAAAAAAUGUAUAAGCAAUAGAAUUAAAGAAGGAUUCCUUCUAUAAUUAUUGCCAGAAUAAUGGUAGAGAUUUUUAAAAUAAUUAAAAACAUAAAAAAUUAAAAAAUCAAAAUUCAAUUUUUCAACCUUAAUAAUAUUUAUUUAACCUAACAUAUUUCAGUAGCACAAAAAAUCUCAAUAGAGAUUAAAAUAGGGAAUUUUACAUGUGUCGAUAAGUAAUUUAAUCUUAACCAAUAAGUAAAUAUUAUCAAUUGUGCCUUUAAUCAUUCUCUAAGCCAAAAUGAGUAAUAAUAAAUAAAAGAUUAUAAUUUAGCACAAUUAAUAGAAUCAUAAAAUAGAAAUAAUAGACAUUUUUACUCUAUUGAUUAAAAUGAGUAAGAAGAUGAUUAUGAAUUAAUUGUUUCGCAAGAUAAGGUGAUUCCAGGCAAAAUUUAAGUGCUUGAAAAGGGAAUAAUUCAUCAAAUAAAUGCAUCAGUUUUUAUUUAAUAGGAAGAAUAAGCCAAUGAGUUAUCUUCAAAUUAUGAUGAUAGCUAACAAGAAAGCAGCUUCGAAGAAUCUAAAAGCAACUUCGAAUAAUCAAAUAGCAACUAUGAAAAUAGAAAUCAAUUUUAUCUAAAUAACAGAAGCAGUGAAAGUAUAAACAAUUCAAAGAGUUAAACUAUGAGUACUCAUACAAAUAGGUUAACAAAAGAAAAAACUUUAAAUUAUUCAAAUAUUUUAAAGCAAUUAUUUAAUGUAGUGAAAAAUUGUGAAGCUUUUAAGAUAAAUUCCUCACUUUAAUUAGCAUAUGAAUAAUCUGAAGAAUUUGCUGAAAUAAAAAGCAUAAUUUUACAAAAUAAUUACAUAAAUGUAAAAUUUGUAAAGCUUGGAUAAAAUUCCAAGCAUUUUUUUUGCUAGAGUAGCUUUUAAGAAAGAGACUACUAUGUCAAAGUUUAUAAUAAAAAUAAAUAACAUAUCCUCACAGAUAAAUUUAUAAGCAAUUAAAUAGAAGCAAGUAAAAACAUUAAUUGGAAUAAUUAAUCUAUUAACUGUUUAAAUUAGUUUUAAUAAACACAAAUUUAAGAGAAAUACCUAUCGAAUAGUGAUAGUCAAGCUACAGGAUUAGGUGAAACAUAUAAGUAUCUUCUAAAUCCAAAUCAUGAAAUAUCUUAAGGCAAUUUUAGAAUAUUUGUUUAUGAAAAAUGUCUAUGCAAUUUAAGGGAAAUACUUCCUUAUAUAUAACCAGGUUAGUUAAUAUUUCCUAAAAAUUAAAACAAUGAGUAUACAAUUUACGAUUUGCUUAAAUAAAUAUCCAUGCAGAUUGUUUUUAUUUUUAAAUGUAUUCAUGAGUCAGACUAUGUUCACAUGGACUUUGAUUUGACUAAAUUUCUUAUCGAUACUAAGGGAAACAUCAAAAUAAGUAAUUUUUAACUUUGUCAGUAACCUAAAUAAAUUAAAGUAGAAUUUGCUAAAUGCUAUAAUUAAAUUUAUAAAAAAAUAUUUCAUAGAUUAUUUGAUUUAAACGAAAUUUAUGUAGAUAAAGAAAUACAAAUAGGAAAAUAUAAUUCUAAAAUUAUAUUAGCAGAUUUUUUUAUGCUUGGUUUUACUUUAAUUGAGCUUUUUCUCUGUCUUGAUAAUAGAAAAUUCACUGAAAGAAUCUUAAAUAUUUAAAAUAAUUCAGAUGUUAAAAGCAAAAUAGAGGAUUCUGCUGAAAUCUUGAAGAUAAAAUUGUUAAACCCUAAAAUAUAAUUCAUCUUUGACUAAGAAUUUUAAAUAUAGAUUAAUGAUCCAUAAGAAUAAUAGCCUCUAUUUGAAUUAAGCUAAUAACAGAAGUAGUUAAUAGAGAUAGCAUUAGAUUUGAUGAGUUUAUCAGAAGAUAAAUGUGCUAAUGACUUAUUAAAUUAACUGUUAAAAAAAUUAGAAAAAAAUUGA